AGCAGCUAGCCUGUAGUAGUGGAGCAGAGCCAGCGGCUGUGUGUCCUCUCAGAGACUGUCCUCCCCACACUGUCCUCUCCUGGCUCCCACAGGCUCCCUGCUGUCUUCUCUCGGUCUGUCACUGGACAACAGCCUUCCACUCGGAGCGUCCAGGCUCUGACAGACGACAGUCCCGUCCACGCAGGGCUCGUUAGACGGCGGUCCGGCGGCACUUCCACACACUGAGAUGCCAACAAAGUCGCACUUGACCGACAGAGCUCGUCGUGGCUUUUGCACGGAUUUUUGAGAAGCAUCUCUGUGGUCCUGUUCAUCACCGUUAGCCGGCUGCCGAGGUGUGAAAAGUCAGUGUCAUGACUGGAGCUGAGACCGAGGAUGAUAUUCCAUUAGGCGAAAGGAAGACUGUCACCGAUUUCUGCUAUCUCCUGGAUAAAUCCAAACAACUCUUCAAUGGGCUACGAGACCUUCCUCAGUAUGGACACAAGCAGUGGCAGUCCUACUUUGGGAGGACCUUUGAUGUCUACACUAAGCUGUGGAAAUUCCAGCAACAGCACAGGCAGGUUCUGGACAGUCGGUAUGGCUUGAAGAGAUGGCAGAUUGGGGAAGUUGCAUCCAAAAUUGGGCAGCUUUACUACCACUACUACCUUCGUACCUCAGAAACAAGUUACCUGAAUGAGGCCUUUUCGUUCUACUCAGCCAUCCGCCAGCGGUCCUACUACUUUCAGGUCAACAAAGAGGACAGGCCUGAAUUAGUAGUGAAGAAGCUUCGAUAUUAUGCUCGCUACAUAGUCGUCUGUUUACUGCUGAACAAGAUGGACCUAGUCAAAGUUUUGGUGAAGGAGUUAUCUGAGGAAAUCGAAGACUACACACAGCGAUUCAACACAGAGGACCAAUUGGAAUGGAACCUGGUUCUACAAGAAGUGGCAGCUUUCGUUGAGGCAGAUCCAGUGGUCGUUCUGAACGACAACAAUUCUGUUGUCGUCACCAGCAAUCGGCUACAGGAGGGAACUGUGCCUCCGCUGGAACAAGGCAUGGUGGUUGGGCAGCUCGUCCUUGCUGACGCACUAAUCAUCGGCAACUGUAACAACCAGGUGAAGUUCAGUGAAUUAACCAUAGAUAUGUUUCGCAUGCUUCAAGCUUUGGAGAGGGAACCUGUAAAUCUGGCCACACAGACCUCCAAACAGGGAACGCUGGAACCCAAUGAGAAGCCAGCUAAAAGAGAAAACCCUCACAAGUAUUUGCUGUACAAACCAACGUUCAGCCAGCUUUUUACUUUCUUGUCUGCCUCUUUUAAGGAAUUGCCAGCCAACAGUGUUUUGCUUGUGUACCUGUCAGCUACUGGAGUCUUCCCUACUGGGCAUUCAGAUUAUGAGGGACCAUAUGAUUUUGGAGGAGUUCUUACAAAUACAAAUAGAGAUGUGGUGAACGGAGAGACGGUGCAGAAGAGGAAUCAGGCCCAGAAAGAAAUGCACUGCCUUCAUCCAGGGGAUUUAUUCCCUUUCACCCGGAAGCCACUUUUUGUCAUUGUGGAUUCUUCAAACAGCACAGCCUACAAGAAUUUCACAAAUCUGUUUGGCCAGCCUCUGGUGUGCCUACUAUCACCUACAGUAUAUCCCAAGAGUGUACAAGAUCAAUCUCAGCGUGGGAGCCUCUUCACUCUGUUCCUCUACAGCCCACUCUUGGCUUUCUCCUCUGUUUGUGGUUUAAGUAAUGUGCGACGAGGACUGUGGGAAAGGGCUCAAGAAUUUCUUUGCAAAGUCUACCGUGACAUUGGGCAGAUGAUUACUCGAUCACGGACCAUAGAUCAAGCCUUUUUGCAAUUCUUUGGUGAUGAGUUCUUGCGGCUGCUGCUGAUCCGCUUUGUGUUCUGCUCAGCAGCACUGAGACUGCAUAAACUCUUUAGGGAGUCCAGGAGCUUCCCAGAGUCGUACCCUGAGCUCCCCAAACAAGACACAGUGGAGAGCGGCCUUCUACAGAAGCAUAUUUUGGAGCUGGCGACCAUGCUGGACGUGCAGAGCUUAUUUUGGGAUGAUUCACUCGAAGCCUACUAACAGCGUCACACGGGGCAAUAUGGCAUAUAUGUACAUACAGACUCCACUGCCACAGCCCUCACAGUUUUUCAUUUUUUACAGGUAAUCAAUUAACUGAUUCAAUACACACAAGUUCAUGUCCUGCAUUUAACUGUUACUUGUAAAAGCAAAUGUAGUGCAACAUUAACACAUUCAUAUAGAUAAGCCAGAGAGUUUAAUAUAGUGUAAAUUCCCCAUUCUGAGUCUCCGCGACUUGCCUCGUAAUUAUAAGCAUCAUGUUAGGAAUAAGCGUGAACAAGCCAGUGACAGGCUACACAACUUUUUAACUCCAAUUCAUGCAGAAUUUUAAGCUGCAGCCUCCAACUUCAUUCGUCAUGUCAGAUAAUUGUAAAAAUGUUGGCAGUCGUGGUUGUAUACGUUUUCUAACAUAAUUUAUCAUUGUUGGGUUGUAUAAAAGAUAAAGGAAGUCUAAUGGAAGAAAGCUUCCAGCUGGGUCUUCAUCUAUUUCAAUGAAGGCAAACAAGAGGGUGCCAUUAUUCACAAACAAGGUUGGAAUUUGAAACAUUUCACCAUAAAUGUUUUUACUUGUCUAGAGUUUUUCUCUUUUGUGUCGUUAACCAGCAGUUCAUUCUAAAUCCUUUAAUAAUCCACUUUUUCAGCCUUG